CUUGUGGAUAACGAGCAAUGUCAUUUUGGCUAAUACACAUGGUCUCAGGGCAUAUGAAUACUUGCCACUGACUGGGAUUUGGAGUACAUAAGCGGCUGAUUGUGCAGGUUCGCGCGGAAGAAGAUCCGCCACGGUUGCAUUUGUUCGACGGAGAGCAGCGGACUUCCUCUCUUUUGGGAAGAGCCGCCCACAGGCCGGUUGGCGUGCGCUUCUUCAGAUAUGGGGAUCAUCUAUCUGACGUCCUACGUCAAAAAGAUCUAUCGCAGCAUAUCCGACCAGCUGACAUUUCCAGCCAUCAACGAUGAAGUACCACACGCCGCAACGCCUGCGGCAACAGGAGGUAAUGGCCCACAACCUGCGGUUACAGCAGAAGCAGCUAAAGGAACAAGCGGCAAGCGGCCCACAGUAUUAGUGAUCGACGCGUGGGCUUGGAUCUUCUACCACUUUCUCCACUACUUUGUCGAUCUCACACGCGGCGGUGAAUAUGCGCGAUGGCACGCCCAUGUCCGUCGGUAUUGCACGGUGUUGAAGAGAUGCAAUUUGAAGCCCGUCUUUGUCUUCGAUGGACCCCUGCCACCGACCAAGCUCGAUGCAGUCCUGGCCCGACGAGAGCAUCAAUUCCGAUCCAAUUCGCUGUUCAUGCGCCUCUCCCCAAACAGUCGGACCUCACCAUCCGUUCAAGCGCAAGCUGGCUACAUCCCCCCUUUGCUCUCCUAUGUCCUCAUCCAAGCUCUCCGGGAGGAAGGCGUUGAGCUCGUCUUUUCCGAGUCAGAGGCAGACUCGCUCGUGGCAGAAGAGGCGGAGCGCAGAGGCGGCUACGCCGUCAGCAAUGACAGCGACAUGUACGUCCUCUGCUCGAGGGGUGAGGGUUGCGGGUACGUGCCUUUAGCGAGCUUCGAGUAUCUGGUACAAGAACCAGUGUCAAAUUCGGGAGGUGAUCUCAGCGCGGAGCCUGCUGCCUCCAAUUGGCAACAAGGGAGCGAUGACGGAUUCGAAGUCGUAGGAAGGAAGGGGAAGGCAACAGCCAGGCGACUACCGGCAACGAAUACAUCAAAUACAUCCGGAGAAGCCUCAGCUCCCUCAGCUGUUGCAGAGGUGUACACGCUCGAUGUCUUAGCGGAUCAAACUGCAGUUGUCGGCGAAGAUGCUACAGGCGACGACACCGCUGCCGCCGCAAGGCCAAUCCUGAGUGCGGUUCGCUUCUCCGUACAUUCGCCAACCAAACUUGCUGCCCACUUGGGCAUACCUGCCACCUUUCUUCCGCUGCUAGCAGCGUUCGUCGGUAACGAUCACACUGUACCAGAGUACACAUUACUUCUGGAACAGCGAUUGCCGCAUAACUGCGACCGAAUACAGGCAGUGGCAAGCCUGAUCAAGACAGAGUGGCAGAAAUUGGGGCGUUCCGGGGGCUCAAGACAGCCUGCGUCGCCAGAAGUUUCCCGGGGUUCAAAAACACCAACUCGGAGAGUGGGCCUAGGCAGAUUGGCCGGCCCGGCCUUUUCCACGCUUAGCUCGGGUCGCGCCGCAUCGGAGGAUGGUAGGAGCGAUGGAGGGAGGACAGCGCCAUCUUCUGGGACCGCUACACCCACGCGACAAUUUGCAAACGAUGCCGCGGCGCGGCGCGCACUAUCAGCCACGUCGAGCAGCACCCCUUCCGGCCGGCUCGGCGACCACUUCACAGCGGCUGAAGUUAGCACGGCUCUGGCCAUCGACCCUGUACGUGGUCUCGUAACGUGCGUGCUGGACCAGAUCCUCGCUUUGCGCAGCCUUCCUGCCUCUCAGUUCGGCAAGAGCGCUGCUGCCGCUCAAUCAGUUGAGCGAUAUACAGCUUCUGGCGAGCGGGAGAGGCUCAUCGCAGGGCUCCUCGAUAGUGUUGCGGUCUAUUCGCUCUUGACGCACCAUGCGGCUCCACAUCUAAAUGAGCCCGCUGCCGAAUUCUUUGUUUCUCAGCCAUCCAUCGACGUGCUGCCCACCAAGCCGCUCAACGCUUCCUGGUGGAACAUGCGUCCAAACCUGCGCGCUCUCGCAGCGUACCAGGAGGCGUAUAGGCAAGGCCACUUCAAUCAUCAGCUCGUCGAUAUCCUAACGCAGCGCAUCUGCAUCCCUCUCUCCUUUGCAGAAGACCCUGACGCCCCCAGUGUGCAUGUUGGUGUUGCGCGGCAGCUAAGGCGGUGGGUGUGCGCAGUGCUCUUUGGCGCAUGGGGCAUGAGCUGGGCCAGACGAGAAAUUGAGGAGCCCGUGCUGCAAGACGAGGAAUACGGCUCGCAGUCAGAGACAGAAGCUGAGACGCACGCAUCGCCACAACGUGUGCGAUGGAUCGGAGGGGGUGACUACGCCAGCGAAGAAGACCCUGAUGAGCUCAUCAGCGUGGGUACACCAACUUCUUUCGAUACCGAUGAGGAGGGGCCCCUUUCGCGCAUGAUGCGAGAUGAGGCGGACGAAGCAGCUGGUGAUGGUCAUGAAAACAAUGAGGACGCUGGUUCUGAAGGAUCUGUCGCCGAGUUGCAGCGGCAAGCCGACCAAGAAGCUGCAGCGCAUAUCAAGCCAGCGCCCAUCGUCACCGAGUGGGUCCGCUCAGGGGAAAGGCGCAAGGGUGACCCCGUUGUCAUAUCGUCUUUGUCGGAAAUGCUUUCAUCUUCGCGCAGCCACCUACCUCCGUCCUUGCUGGAUCUGCUCGGGCAAUACGAGGCGCACGAGGCAUCGCUCGAGGAGGCUUCGAGAUCGGCUUCUGCAACUGCACACAACUCAAUGCCCGGCUCUCCAAGCCUGCCGCAAUCCCCACUUCCGCCGUUCGAAAAUCGAAUCUUGCAGACGGACGCCGAUCCGCUACCGGAAGCGCCGCCCCUUUUGCGGCUCGAAACACGCAAAGAUAUUCUCUUCUGUGCAUUUGGCGCACAGACGCCAACGUUCAAUCAGCUGCAGACCUCUCUGCAGAUGGUUGCAGCUGCCCUGCGCUUCCUCGUUGCGCACGAAGCCGAGCGUUUGGGCGAAAGCAGCAAGCGAUUCAACUGGACUGCAGAGGAAAUUCGCGCUGCAGUAUUGGCGAGCUUGUGGGCCAUACGCGGCACCUUGCCGCCUGACGUCUGUGCCAAGAUUGAGAAACGUGCAGAAGCUGCACUGCAUGCAGCCUCUGCAUUGCGGGCUGCGCCAACCACGCGCCACAUUCACCUGACAAACAGCAUACAAGCGGUAUACGAGGCCGCUGAACUGCUCGUGCAAUCGCUCCUGUUGACGGACGCGCUACCGAUAUCGUAUGUCACCGCUUUCGAGCCGCCGCUGCUGCAGGCAUACCUAUUUGCGCAAGGUACUCAAAGUGGGGCAGGUGCUGGCGCCGGGGAGGCAGCCCUUAUCACUCUUCCGGCGGUGACGCGUGAAGAAAAGCUCGUGUGCCAGGUCAUUAUGGAAGGGGUAGAAGAGCAGCUGGGAAUCGACCUUGCAACUGCGCGCGCCGAGAAAAAGCGCGCUAAAAAGCAGGCACGGGCGGCUGGCGCCAGUGCUGGAGCUGCCGCUGCAGGGGGAAACAAGCCUGUGCGACCGACAGCCGCAAUUGCAGCACGCCCCGGCAUCAAUCCUUUUGCAUUACUUGGAGAAUAGAUAAAUAUACGCACAUAGUCGAGUAGGAUUCGAGCACAGUACUGAGAUUUGUGCAGGUGCUUUUCUGAAUUAACUCGGCCGCAUUUGCUUGAGACACGUGAUACUAGAUUCAAGCAGAAAAAUCUU